ACCUGAUUUCAUGAUGACUGAGGGUUUAGAUCACAGAUUCAGUUAUCUCACCUGGGAACAGAUUAAAAUACUGGAUCAAGUGCUGACUGAGGUGAUCCCCAUUCAUGGAAGAGGGAAUUUUCCGACUUUAGAGGUAAAGCCAAAAGACAUCAUUCAUGUUGUCAAAGAGCAACUGAUAAAAAAACAAAUAAUUGUCCAUGACAUUCGCUUGAAUGGAUCCACAGCAAGUCAUAUCCUUGUUAAGCAGAAUGGUACCAGCUACAAGGACCUGGAUAUCAUUUUUGGUGUGGAGCUUCCAAGUGAGCAUGAAUUUCAGGUUGUGAAGGAAUCUGUCUUGAAUUGCCUCUUGGAUUUUUUACCAAAAUGUGUCAACAAGGAAAAAAUCACAGCACAGACCAUGAAGGAUGCUUAUGUUCAGAAGAUGGUGAAAGUAUCCACAGAUCAUGAUCGCUGGAGCCUCAUCUCCUUGUCCAACAAUAGUGGCAAAAACGUUGAGCUCAAGUUUGUCAACUCUCUCCGGCGGCAGUUUGAGUUCAGCGUAGAUUCUUUUCAGAUCAUCCUUGACACUGUGUUGAAUGUCUAUAGUGACGCAGAUGGCAAACUUACAGAAGACUCUGAGUUGUCCGUUGUUGCCGAGAGCAUGUAUGGAGACUUUGAUGAAGCCAUGGACCACUUGAAGUACAAGCUGAUUGCUACAAGGAACCCGGAAGAGAUCCGCGGAGGGGGCCUUUUGAAAUACAGCAAUCUUCUGGUCCGGGAUUUCAAGCCAGCUGAUGAGGUGGAAAUUAAAUCACUGGAGCGUUACAUGUGUUCUCGGUUCUUCAUUGAUUUCCCAGACGUAGCAGAGCAACAACGGAAGAUUGAGUCCUACCUGCGUAACCACUUCAUUGGGGAAGAGAAGAGCAAGUAUGACUACUUGAUGACCCUGCGUGGGGUCGUGAAUGAGAGUACAGUCUGUCUUAUGGGCCACGAACGAAGGCAAACGCUAAAUAUGAUUACAAUCCUGGCUCUCAAAGUGCUUGGAGAACAGAACAUCAUCCCCAACGUAGCCAAUGUAACAUGCUACUAUCAGCCUGCCCCUUAUAUCAGCGACAGGAACUUCAGCAAUUAUUAUAUCACCCAUGGACAACCUCCUAUUAUCUACCAGCCCUAUUCCUUUCACAUACACAUGCAGAGUGGCAUGGUGUAGCCGAUCACAAAACCUCCUUGCCUUACAUCAGUGCUCAACCCUUCCUUUGCCCUUGCUCCACCCAACGGUUCUCUUCAAAAUAAAGCCCCUGUUAAAGCAAA